UCCUUCUCUCCUCUCCUCUUUUUGUCUCCUUGACCCAGUCUCGCUCCCUCCCCUUUCCUCUGCAUCUUCCAAUAACUUGCUCGUCCCCCCUCCCCCAUCUGUCGCACGUUCUCACCCCCUCCCAUUUUCUACCUCCUCCCUGUGCCCCUCUCUCACUCUUCCUCUCUCUCAUUUGCUCACAUUCUCUCACUUUCCCUACCAGGCUUCACACACACUGCAGGAUGUCGAUAGUGAUCAUUGUUGCCAGGGAGAUCCUGGACUCCAGGGGGAACCCCACAGUGGAAGUGGACCUGCACACUGACAAAGGUGUCUUCAGGGCAGCUGUGCCUAGCGGAGCGUCUACUGGCAUCUAUGAAGCCCUGGAGCUGAGAGACGGAGACAAAAGCCGCUACAAGGGCAAAGGUGUGCUCAAGGCUGUUGGUCACAUCAAUGACACCAUCGGUCCUGCCCUCAUCCAGUCGGAGGUCAGUGUGGUAGAACAGGAGAAACUUGACAAGAUGAUGAUAGAGAUGGACGGCACUGAGAACAAGUCUCAGUUUGGGGCCAAUGCUAUUCUGGGUGUGUCCUUGGCCAUAUGCAAAGCUGGUGCUGCAGAGAAAGGUGUCCCCCUGUACCGUCACAUUGCUGACCUGGCAGGAAACACAGAGUUAGUGCUUCCAGUUCCUGCCUUUAACGUUAUCAACGGGGGCUCUCACGCAGGCAACAAGCUGGCCAUGCAGGAGUUCAUGGUACUUCCUGUAGGGGCGGAGUCUUUCAGGGACGCUGUGCGUGUGGGGGCGGAGCUGUACCAGACGCUGAGGGAAGUGAUCAAGGAGAAGUAUGGCCAGAACGCCACCAACGUGGGGGACGAGGGGGGGUUCGCCCCAAACAUACUGGAGAACACUGAAGCCCUGGAGCUGAUCAAGACAGCCAUUGAGAAGGCAGGUUUCACAGACAAGGUGGUGAUCGGGAUGGACGUGGCAGCCUCUGAGUUCUACAAAGAGGGCAAGUACGACCUGGACUUCAAGUCUCCCCCCAACGCAGACCGCCACAUCAGCGCCCAAGAGCUCUGCGACAUGUACCAGGGCUUCGUCAAUGACUACCCAGUGGUGUCCAUUGAGGAUCCGUUUGACCAGGAUGACUGGCCGGCCUGGUCCCAGAUGACAGCCUCCGUGGGUAUCCAGGUGGUGGGGGACGACCUGACCGUCACCAACCCCAAGAGGAUAGAGCGCGCCCUGGAGGAGAGGGCCUGCAACUGCCUGCUGCUCAAAGUCAACCAGAUCGGCUCUGUCACCGAAGCCAUCCAGGCGUGUAAGCUGGCUCAGGAGAAUGGCUGGGGGGUGAUGGUGAGUCACCGCUCAGGUGAGACAGAGGAUACCUUCAUUGCUGAUCUGGUGGUGGGCCUCUGCACUGGACAAAUCAAGACUGGAGCUCCCUGUCGAUCAGAGCGGCUGGCCAAAUACAAUCAACUCAUGAGGAUUGAGGAGGAGUUAGGGGAUCAGGCUCGCUUCGCAGGGCACAACUUCCGGAACCCUGCCGCCCUCUAAGACUCCUCUGGGCUGACGGACACUGACACAGAAUCACAGACACACAUCACACCACUGCAGGGCACAGAUGGACUGACAGAUGUCCACAGACAGAUAUACAUAACUUCUUACAAUGAAUCCUUGAUAGGUCAGACAGACGUAUGUUUGUAAGGACGGAGAGACAGACAGACUGAAUAAGACGUUAUUUUCCAUCCCUCUCUUUUCUCCUCCCCUUUACCUCAGUUUUCUCAUCUCAAUUUCCUCAAUUGCCCAACCCUUCCCCUUUCCUCCUGCCCUUCCAUGUUAGGCAACCUUUCAGUUACCACUUCAUUUAAAAGCCUGCCACAUAAUUGUCUGUUACCACCUACAUGUAAAAGCCUGCCACAUAAUUGUCUGUUACCACCUACAUGUAAAAGCCUGCCACAUAAUUGUCUGUUACCACCUACAUGUAAAAGCCUGCCACAUAAUUGUCUGUUACCACCUACAUGUAAAAGCUUACCACAGAAACCCUCCAAUCAAUAAAGACAUGAACACUUAUGAUGUAAACAUCAGC